AUGAGCGCCCAGCGGCCCGCGUGCACCGUGGAGGCGCCGGCCGCGGCACCGUCGCCCCUGCGAUCCGUGCUCCGCCACGUACAGCUGGAGAACCUGGCGGCGGGGCUGAGCGGCGGCGUCGUUUCCACCCUGGUGCUCCACCCGCUAGACCUGGUCAAGAUCCGCUUUGCAGUAAGCGAUGGAUUGGAGCUGAGGCCGAAAUACAAUGGGAUUCUCCACUGCAUGAGCACUGUCUGGAAGCAUGAAGGACUACGAGGCUUAUAUCAAGGAGUAACUCCAAACAUGUUGGGAGCAGGAGCUUCCUGGGGUCUUUACUUCUUCUUUUACAAUGCCAUCAAAGCUUACAAGAAGGAAGGAAAGCUGGAAAGCCUCAGUCCAACUGAACACCUAGUGUCAGCUGCAGAGGCUGGAGCCAUGACUCUCUGUAUUACCAACCCAAUCUGGGUCACGAAGACACGCCUUGUGCUCCAGUACAAUGCCGGAGUCGAUCCAUCCAAGCGGCAGUACCGAGGAAUGUGUGAUGCUCUUGUAAAGAUAUACAGGGCAGAGGGCCUGCCUGGCUUGUAUAAGGGAUUUGUGCCUGGUCUCUUUGGAACCUCACAUGGAGCCCUUCAGUUCAUGGCAUAUGAGGAUUUGAAACUGAGAUACAACCAAUAUAGAAACAGAGUGUCAGAUACAAAACUGAACACCGUGGAGUACAUCUUGAUGGCAGCUGUAUCCAAAAUAUUUGCUGUGUCAGCAACAUAUCCCUAUCAAGUGGUGCGAGCUCGCCUGCAGGAUCAGCACAAUACAUAUUCUGGUGUGUUUGAUGUGAUCCGCAGGACAUGGAGGAAAGAAGGAAUUCAUGGAUUUUACAAAGGAAUUAUCCCCAACGUGAUCAGAGUGACUCCUGCCUGUUGUAUUACCUUUGUGGUUUAUGAAAACGUGUCUUCUUUUUUACUUGGUUUCAGAAAAGAAAGCAAUUAAAUG